AUGUCGCUCUCGAACUCGCAGAAACAGAAGCUCAGAGAGGUUGUUGAGGCUGUCACUGCAGGGGACCUCGAUAAAGGCAUGGUCUGGGAUACAUCGUACAAGCCCAUCCAUGGUCUUGGAACAUCACGUCUCCAAGGCUACAAGCUUGGUUCCCAAAAGACGUCUACAGGUACCUAUAAUGUCGCGAUUUGGAGUGUCAGCAAGAUGCGACUUGCCGAACCCAAGUGGGUCGAGGCGUCAUUCGACGAGGAGCCUACUGGAGAGGCAGUCAUCGAGGCUUUGAACAAUCUCUUGGCCUAA